AUGGCGCCUACUCUGAUGCCCGUGGCCAUUAUUGGCAUGUCGUGCCGGCUGCCCGGUGAAGUCUCGACACUCGAUGACUUCUGGACGCUCAUGUGCAGAGCUCGCAGCGGUUGGGGCGAAAUCCCCAAGGAUCGCUUCAACAAGGAAGCAUACUGGCACCCGAACCCCGAGAAGAGGGGCUGCUUCAACAGCAUAGGCGGCUACUUUCUCAAAGAGGACAUCGCCAAGUUCGAUGCACCUUUCUUCAACAUUACCAACAAUGAAGCUAGUGCCAUGGACCCUCAGCAGCGACAACUGCUUGAGUGCACCUAUGAAGCACUAGAGCAUGCUGGCAUUCCCAAGGAGAGCAUUGCCGGGACCAACAUGGGCGUGUUUGUUGGCGCGUCCCCCCCCGACUAUGGUCUUGGGUCUCUCACAGACCUCGACACUGUGCCCAUGUCCGAUGCCACUGGUAAUCACCAAGGCGUCCAGGCGGGCCGCAUCUCCCACUACUUCGACCUGCGUGGUCCUUGUUUUGCCAUUGAUACAGCAUGCUCUUCAAGCUUGCAUGCCCUGCACCAGGCAGUGCAGAGCAUUCGCUCAGGGGAGACUAAGCAAGCCCUUGUUGCGUCGUCGCACCUCAACAUCCAGCCGGCCAAUGUUGUGUCCCUGUCGACCAACCGCUUGCUCUCCGAAAAGGGAGCCACGUUUGCCUUUGACCACCGCGCCAAGUCUGGAUUCGCGCGUGGAGAAGGCACUGGCUGCGUUAUCCUGAAGCCUCUUGACCAGGCUCUGAAAGACGGCGACAAGGUUUGGUCCGUCGUCGUCAACACGGGCGUCAACCAAGACGGCAAGACAGUCGGCAUGACAACUCCUUCUGCCGAUGCUCAAGAACAGUUGAUCCGUGAGGUUUAUGCCAAGGCCGGCAUCAACCCGAGAGACACCGGCUUUGUUGAGGCACACGGUACCGGCACCAAGGUCGGAGAUCCUAUCGAAGCCACGGUUCUCCACCGAGUCUUCAACGAAGACAGAACUCCCCGCCAUCCUCUUUACAUCGGCUCUGUCAAGUCUAACAUCGGACAUCUUGAGCCGGCAAGCGGCCUCGUCGCAGUCAUUAAGGCGUCCCUGAUGCUUCAAAAGGGUUUCAUCCUGCCCAACGUCAACUAUCGCCAGGCGAACGAGAGCAUCCCCUUCGCCGAAUGGAACAUGAAGGUCCCCGUAUCUCUGCGUCCAUGGCCCAAGGGCAAGCGCUUCGUCAGCGUUAACAACUUUGGAUUCGGUGGCUCGAACGCGCACUGCGUGCUCGAGAAGGCGCCUCCGACGCUCGCCAGAGGCUACAACGAGUCCAACAUCGGACCUCGCCUCGUCGUCUUGUCCGGCAACGACAAGGACGCCGUGGGCCGUCUCAAGGCUAUAGUGGGCGUCUGGCUCGAGAAGCAUCCCGAUCUUUUCGACAGAGAGCUCCUCCGCGACCUGGCAUACACACUCGCCCAUCGCCGCUCCCAGCUUUCCUGGCGCACGGCCGUGGCUGUCCUGAGACUGAAGGCCAAGCACGCAGACCUGCGCGGUGCCAUGUUGGCUGCUGGUUGCAGCGCCCAGACAGCCCGUGAGAUGAUCCAGGAGAUUCAGACCGGACACUGCGGUAUCGCAUGCGAGAACUCGCCUUCGUCGGUCACCAUUUCGGGUGACGCGCAGGCCAUCGACGAGCUUGCUGCCCGCCUCGAAGAGAAGGGCACAUUCAACCGCAAGCUGAUGGUUGACGUUGCCUAUCACUCUGUCCACAUGGAGAACGUAGCUGAACACUACCUGUCGACGAUCCAGGACACCAAGGCCAGCAGCACUGGCAAAGUGGCCUUCUUCUCGUCCCUUCACGGGAAGAGGCUUGUCAGUGGUGCGGAUCUGGACGCGCAGUACUGGGUUCAGAACCUCACGAAGCCCGUGCUCUUCUCGACUGCUUUGCAGGCGCUCUUCCUGGAAGAUCAGCCCGACAUCGUGGUCGAGGUCGGCCCGCACUCUGCGCUUGAGGGACCUGUCAAGCAGAUUCUCAAGUCUCUUGGCUCGGACAAGGCCAGCAAGGCUUUCUACGUCCCUUCGCUGAAGCGCAACGAGGACGCCACGUUCUCUGCGCUGACUCUGGCCGGCAAGCUUUUCGAGAAGGGCGUUACCCUGGAUAUGGCUGCCGUUAACUCGGAGAAGGAUCCCAAGCCCAAGCUGGUUUCCGACCUCAUGCCCUACCCAUGGUCGGGACAGAAGUACUGGAGGGAGAGCCGGGUCAGUCGCCAGCACAGGCUCAAGCCCUUUGCGCGCCAUGAUCUCCUUGGCGCCCUGACCAACCUCUCGAAUGAUAUGGAACCGACAUGGAGGAACAUGAUCCGAACGGACGACAUCCCCUGGCUGCGAGACCACAGGAUGCAAGACCUGACGGCAUUCCCGUUCUCUGGCUUCAUCAGCAUGGCGGUUGAAGCAGCUGCUCAGCUGGCCUCCAUCCGUGGUGUCGAAUUUGACGAGUUCGGCCUCAGGGAGAUGCAGGUUAUGCGACCUUUCCUCUUGACUGACGGCGAGGAGUACGAGGUCAUCCUGAGCAUCAAGCGGUUCAGCGAAGGCACCCGCUCCUACUCGGACAAGUGGGACGAGUUUCGCAUCCACUCCUACCAUGAAUCCAGGGGCUGGGUUGAGCACUCUCGCGGUUUGAUCUCGGUCACCAAGCGAGAGCAGUCGAACCCCAUCAGCGCCUCGCUGCGCGACGAGGUCACCGACACGGUGGAGAAGGCCAGGCAGGUUUGCAAGAGCAAGAUCCCCACCCAGCUCUUCUACGACGAGCUUCGCAAGCUUGGAGCCGGCUACGGUCCCGUCCUCCAAAACAUCCUGAGCCUUCAGGCUUGUGACGAUUUCAGGUACGGACUCGGAGAGGUGGUGGUGCCUGACACUGGCGCUUCGAUGCCCGAGAAGUACGAGGCCCCAUCCAUCUUCAACGCGGCGUUCAUCGAUCUCCUGUUCCAGCACAUCUUUGUUAUCCUGGGAGCCGGUCGUGGCGAGAUGCCCUGCCUGUACAUGCCCUCGGCUAUCAAGGAGAUGCGGCUCAACAAGCUGAUGAACUCCACGGCGGGCACCCCCUACCAAGUCGUCGUGAACGGACACAGCGACUUGCGGAACCCGAAGGCCAUGGAGGGUUGCAUCCAUGCCUUGGAGUCGAGCGACACCUCGAUCCCCGCCAUCGUGGUCAAGGGCUUCGAGGUCAACCCCAUCAAGGACGACAGCAGCAGCGACCUUGAGACCAAGCCGCUCUGCUACAAGGUCGAGUGGAAGUCCUUGGCCGAGGAGGCCGCCAGCCAAGAGGCGGCUGCCGUCGCGAGCGGCAGCACGCAGCAGCCGGCCAAGAAGCUCACGCUCAACGCGCCCGUCGUUCUCAUCACGCAGCGCCCCGAGAGCGACCCUCUCAUCAGCGCCGUGGCCGCUUCGGUCGAGGCCCGAACCGGCCGUGCCCCCGAAGUCAGCCCUCUCGCCAACCUCAGCGCAGCUGGCAAGGUCUGCCUCAACCUUCAGGACCUCGACAGCUCCGUGCUGUCCGACGCUACACAGGAGACGUUCAAGCAGGUGCAGAGCAUGGCGCUCGAGAGCGAGAGCUUCCUGUGGGUCGUUUCGGGCGCGCUCAAGAACGCGCAGAGCCCUCAUCGCAGCAUGGCCCAGGGCUUCGUGCGAACGAUCCGGUCGGAGAUCGGCAAAUCGGCAUCGCUUCUGGACCUGGAUCCGGAGUCUCGCCUCGACGUGGCGUCGCAAGCUGAACUCAUUGUGCAGGCUUUCGAGAAGCUCGUUGGCGGGGAGAACUCGGCCACGCCCGAGAUGGAAUUCGCCGAGGUCGAUGGCGAGCUCGCCGUGCCGCGCAUUGUCGAGGACGCAAGCAUGAACCUCUUCGUCCAGCGCGAGACCAACGUGUCGGCCCCCUACCUCCAAAGCUUUGCCCAGCCCGAGAGGCGUCUGAAGCUCGACAUUGGCCGUGCUGGAGCAUUGGACACGCUGUACUUCAAGGACGACGAGGACGAGCCUCUCGCCGCCGACGACGUCGAGAUUGCCGUCGAGGCCACGGGCAUGAACUUCAAGGAUGUCGUCAUCUCCAUGGGCCAGCUUGCCAGCCCCUACAUCGGCGUGGAGUGCAGUGGCAGGAUCGCGCGCGUCGGAUCCAACGUCACGGCCCUCAAGGUCGGCGACAGGGUCUGCGCCAUGCCAAGGGGUGCCUACCGCACCUUUGCGCGCUGCCACUUCACCAGCGCGGCCAAGAUGCCGGACAACAUGACCAUGGAGGUCGGUGCCUCGAUUCCCGUCGCCUACUGCACCGCGUGGUACGGUCUCAUGGAUAUCGCGCGCCUGGCUGAGGGCGAGCGUAUCCUCAUCCACGCCGCCGCGGGCGGUGUCGGCCAGGCCGCCAUCCAGAUCGCCAAGAUGGUUGGUGCCGAGAUCUUCGCUACCGUGGGCAGCGUCGACAAGAAGCAGCUCAUCAUGGACAAGUACGGGAUUCCCGAGGACCGCAUCUACUACAGCCGCAACUACGACGCCGUCAUGCGGUCCAAGGUCUCGGGCGGCUGGAACAUCCACAAGUCGCUCCUCGACACCAAGCUCGAUUUCUUCAUCGCUCUGUCCUCCGUCGCCGGCGUCGUCGGCAACAAGGGCCAGGCCGCCUACGCGGCGGCCAACACGUUCCUCGAGGGCCUUGUGCAGCACCGACGCCAGCAGGGCCUCGCCGGCACGGCCAUCGCGCUGCCGGCCAUGGACAACGUCGGCUACCUCGCCGAGAACGAGGAGCGCCGCGAGCUCCGCCAGAGUCAGCGCAGAGAACAGCACGGCCAACGAGGCCCAGCGCAAGGACGUCCUCACGGGCAGCACAUGGGACGACAGCGCCCGGCCGCCGUACCCCGCUGCCGAUGCCAGGUUCGCCGACCUGCUGGCGGCGCUGGCACGAGCAGCCAUGGUUCCGGCCAGGCGGCGUCCAUCCACCAGGUCGUGUCUCGAGCUGGCUGUGAGGACCAGGCCUCGGAGGCCAUUGUCAAGGGCCUUAUUGAGAAGCUCUCGGCGAUUCUCAUGGUUCAGCCCGGCGACCUGGACCCGGCGUCUACGCUGACAGCUUAUGGUCUCGACUCGUUGAACGCCAUUGAGCUGCGCAACUGGAUCAGUAAGGAGCUUCUUGCUCAUUUGCAGGUGCUGGAGCUUCUGACAAGCGCCACGUUGACGAGCUUGUCCUUGAUGAUUCUGAACAAGUCUCGUAUCGAAUUGAGCUACAAGGUUGCUGCUGCAUAA